AUGAGACCCCGGUUGAUCCCUCGAGGACUACGCUGGUACAGCGUCGAUCUGGCCACCAACCAGGCCCAUGCCAUCUCCACCAAACAGCAGUUGUAUACCACGGACCCGAUCACGCCGGGACUGGUGUUCUUCCUCCCGCACGGCACCCGGAUCUUCAACAAGCUCGUCCAGUUCAUGAAGCACCAGCAGACCCGCUACGGCUUUCACGAGGUGAUCACCCCGCUCAUCUACAAGACUAAGCUCUACCAACAGCUGGGCCACUGGGAAAACUACCGCGACGACAUGUUUAAGGUGGUAGGCCAUGACCUGCUGAAAGACGAUGGCCUCCACGAGUAUGGGCUCAAACCAAUGAACUGUCCCGGCCACUGUAUGAUUUUCGAUAAGUUUGAGCGGUCGUAUAACGAUUUACCCGUUCGUUUCAGCGACUUCUCGCUGUUACACCGCAACGAGGCGCUGGGGGCGCUUUCAGGGCUUACCAGGGUGCGCCGUUUCCACCAGGACGACGGCCAUAUCUUCUGUGACAUGCCUCAGAUUGAAAGCGAGAUUGAAAACACCUUGAAACUUAUCAAGGAUACCUAUAAAGUGUUUGGCAUCGACCAGAUCGAGUACUUUUUGUCUACUCGCCCGGAAAAGUAUAUCGGCGAUGUUGCUACCUGGGACGACGCUGAGCGUCAAUUGGCAGCGGUAUUGGACAAACAAGGUCAGUGGCAAGAACGUCCAGGUGAUGGGGCUUUCUAUGGACCCAAGAUCGAUGUGCUUUUAGCCGAUGCUUUCGGUAAAAAGCACCAAGUGGGGACAAUCCAAUUAGACUUCCAAUUACCUCAAAGAUUCAACCUUAAGUAUGUCGGAGAAGACGGUAACCAUAACCACCAGCCGAUCCUCAUUCACCGGGCCGUGUUUGGUUCGCUUGAACGGUUCUUUGCCAUCUUACUUGACCAUUACCAAGGUAAGUGGCCAUUCUGGCUCAACCCUCGCCAAGCGGUGAUUCUCCCGGUGAACGAAUCGCACAUCGAAGCCGCUGAGAAGCUUCAGCAACGUCUCAGUGGUGACAUUGUGUCGAAUGAAGCCGAUCUCGCCCCGAUGACUGGCCACCACUUUUACGUUGAUGUCGAUAAACGUAGUGACACCAUCGGGUCGAGAAUAAAAGAAGCAGUGCAAAAGGGAUACUCCUAUAUCCUCUUGAUUGGGGAUAAGGAUAUUGCCAACGGCACCGUCGCCAUCCGCAGCCGAGACUCGAGAAAAGUGGAAAAUAAGCUGGCCGACGAAGUGUACGCCAUGUUCCAACAACUCGAAAGCAACUACCAAUAA